UCUCUCGCGGACGGUGAUUAUUAACCACUGGCUCAUUCUCUGUCAAAUCUCCGAUUGCUUUCGCGCUUCGUGAUUCCUGCAAGUUCAUCCCCAAGGCACUGUCACUUAAUGGCAUCUGAAUCCAAUAGCUUCAAGAAAAGAGAUCGUCUACUUGAAAUUGAGGUAGCGGUUCGAAAGUGGUGGGAGGAUGAGGAUGUUUUCAGGGCUGAAUCUCGUGAUCAUAUUCCAAAGCCAGGAGAAAAGUUCUUCUCCACUUUCCCUUUUCCCUAUAUGAAUGGUUAUCUUCACAUUGGGCAUGCCUUCUCCCUCUCCAAGGUUGAUUUUGCUUCUGCUUACCAUAGACUUAGAGGUGCCAAUGUGCUUCUUCCUUUUGGUUUCCACUGUACUGGUAUGCCGAUUAAGGCUUCCGCGGAUAAGCUUUCUCGUGAGAUCCAACAGUUUGGAAACCCUCCUGUCUUCCCUGCUCAAGAUAACCAAGCUCCUCAAGUUCAGGAGGAGAGUAGUGAUACACCGGUGGCUUUACCGGGUCAGUUCAAGGGAAAGAAGUCUAAGGUGGCUGCAAAAUCUGGUGGACAAAUUUAUCAGUGGGAGAUUAUGCGCAGUGGUCUUACUGACAGUGAGAUUGCAAGAUUUCAAGAUCCAUAUGAAUGGUUGUAUUACUUUCCUCCUUUAGCUGUUGAAGAUCUCAAGGCUUAUGGAUUGGGCUGUGAUUGGAGACGGUCAUUCGUGACUACUGAUGUUAAUCCCUUUUUCGAUGCCUUUGUAAGGUGGCAGAUGAGGAAGUUGAAAUCUAUGGGAAAAAUUGUCAAAGACUGUAGGUAUACAGUAUUCUCACCUUUAGAUGGUCAGCCUUGUGCUGAUCACGACCGUGCUACUGGUGAAGGUGUUCAGCCUCAAGAGUAUACUCUCAUAAAGAUGGAAGUAGUGAAGCCAUUUCCUCUGAAACUGGGUUCUUUGGAAGGAAAGAGAGUGUUUUUGGCUGCAGCUACGCUGAGGCCUGAGACCAUGUAUGGACAAACAAACGCUUGGGUACUGCCUGAUGGGAAAUAUGGAGCUUAUGAAAUCAGUGAAACUGAUGUCUUUAUCAGUUUAGAUAGAUCUGCACUCAACCUUGCCUACCAGAACUUCUCAAAGAUCCCUCAGAAGCCAUCCUGCUUGGUCGAGUUGACCGGGUAUGAUCUGAUUGGACUCCCUCUGAGGUCUCCUCUGUCAGUGAAUGAGAUCAUCUAUGCUCUGCCCAUGUCAACGAUUCUGACCAACAAAGGUACUGGUAUUGUCACCAGCGUGCCUAGUGAUGCCCCUGAUGAUUACAUGGCUUUACAUGAGUUAAAAACAAAGCCUGAUAGUCGAGCAAAGUAUGGUGUGAAAGAUGAGUGGGUACCCUCUGAUAUCGUACCGAUUAUCAACAUUCCAGAAUUUGGGGAUAAGGCUGCAGAAAAGGUCUGCUUAGAUCUGAAAAUUCAAAGUCCAAAUGAUAAGGACAAGCUUGUAGAAGCGAAGAGGUUGAUUUACCUGAAAGGAUUCACUGAAGGAACAAUGCUUGUUGGAGAGUUUGUUGGUAGGAAAGUUCAAGAAAUCAAGCCCAUUAUCAAGAAAAAGCUCAUAGAGUCUAACGAGGCUAUCAUAUACAGAGAACCUGAGAAGUCAGUGAUGUCAAGAUCCGGUGAUGAAUGUGUUGUGGCUCUUACAGAUCAGUGGUACAUAACGUACGGCGAAGCAGAAUGGCGGAAAAUGGCUGAGGAAUGCUUAUCAAAAAUGAACCUCUACUCUGAAGAAACAAGGCAUGGAUUUGAGCACACUUUAAGCUGGCUCAAUCAGUGGGCUUGCUCACGGUCUUUUGGUCUAGGAACUCGUAUUCCUUGGGAUGAACAGUUCCUUGUGGAAUCCUUAUCUGAUUCAUCACUUUAUAUGGCCUACUAUACGGUUGCCCAUAUCUUUCACGACGGUGACAUGUAUAAAGGCAGCAAGUCGUUGAUCCGUCCUGAGCAGAUGAAUGAUGAAGUUUGGGAGUAUCUCUUCUGUGAUGGUCCGUAUCCAAAAUCAACCGAUAUUCCAUCAGCUGUUUUAAGUAAGAUGAAGCAGGAAUUUGACUACUGGUACCCGCUAGAUCUUCGAGUUUCAGGGAAGGAUCUUAUUCAGAAUCAUUUGACAUUUUUCAUCUACAACCACACUGCACUAAUGGAGAGUCGUAACUGGCCACGUGGUAUCAGAUGUAAUGGUCACAUUAUGCUCAAUUCUGAGAAAAUGUCAAAGUCCACUGGAAAUUUCAGAACCCAGCGCCAGGCUAUCGAAGAGUUCUCUGCCACUGCUACAAGGUUUUCUUUGGCUGAUGCUGGUGAUGGUGUUGACGAUGCAAAUUUUGUAUUUGAAACUGCAAAUGCUGCAAUUUUGCGGCUGAUGACUCAGUUCAAAUGGAUGGAAGAUGUUCUGGCUGCUGAAUCCUCUUUGAGAACCGGACCUCCAUCUACGUAUGCUGAUAAAGUGUUUGAGAAUGACAUGAAAAUUGCUAUCAGAUUGACUGAAAAAGCUUACAAAGAUUGUUUGUUUAGGGAGGCACUUAAGAAUGGGUUUUACGACUUACAAGCUGCUCGAGAUGAGUAUACACUCUCCUGUGGCAGUGACGGAAAUAUGAACCAUGACUUGAUACUGAACUUCAUGGAUGUGCAAACACGCCUCAUUGAACCAAUAUGUCCUCAGUUUGCAGAAUAUAUAUGGAGGAAACUUUUGAAGAAGGAAGGUUCUGUGGUAACAGCAGGCUGGCCUACAUCAAAUGAGCCAGAUUUGGUUCUCAAGAGUGCUAACAAAUAUUUGCAAGAUUCUAUUGUCCUAAUGAGAAAGCUUCUACCAAAACAGCUCUUAGGUUCCAAGAAGGCUGCUAAGAAAGGUGCUCAAGUAGCAGCAGUGCCAGCGGGAAAAUUAAAAGGCCUAGUAUAUGUGAAUGAGCAAUUUGAUGGAUGGAGAGCUCACUGCCUCGAGAUUCUGCAAAGCAAAUUUAACCAACAAACCUGUCGUUUUGCCCCUGAUGCAGAGAUACGGGCAGAACUAAGUGAGAUAUUACAGAAGGAGGGACUAGCAGAAAACGUUUACAUGCCUUUCGUUAAAUUCAAGAAGAACGAGGCAAUAUCUAUUGGCACUCAGGCUCUAAAUUUGAGGCUGCCUUUUGGAGAGAUUGAAGUCCUUGAGAGUAAUAAGGACUUGAUCAAGCGGCAAGUUGGUCUUGAAGAGGUUGAAGUAUAUUCUGCAAGUAAGCCUGAUGAUGUUUCAAAAGCUGGUCCACAUGCUUCACUGCUGAAGAAGAAUCCUCCUUCUCCGGGCAAUCCAACCGCCAUCUUUGUGGCCAGGUAA